UCCGGCUUUCAAUUUUGGGCUGUAAACAUGGCGGAAGACUAAAGUAAUUUUGUGUGCGUUCAGUCCUAAACCUUUUAUUUGAUUUCCAGGAUUGUACAAGUGAACUUUUUUUCACUCGGUGAGUUUGGGGCAACACUUUAAAGUUGCUACGCGCUACAUCGCGUUUCUGAAUUAAAGUGUGAAGUAAAGACAAUACAACUAUCAUGGGGCGACGGUCAACCUCCUCCACCAAGAGUGGGAAGUUCAUGAAUCCCACUGACCAGGCCCGAAAGGAGGCCAGGAAAAGGGAGCUCAAAAAGAACAAAAAGCAGAGGAUGAUGGUGAGAGCGGCGGUGCUGAAGAUGAAGGACCCCCGACAGAUCAUCAGAGACAUGGAGAAGCUGGAUGAGAUGGAAUUCAACCCAGUGCAGCAGCCGCUGCUGAACGAGAAGGUGCUGAGGGACAAGAGGAAGAAGCUGCGUGAGACGUUUGAACGCAUCAUCCGCCUGUAUGAGAGGGAGAACCCUGACACCUACAAGGAGCUGCGUAAACUGGAACUAGACUACGAAACCAAACGGGGGCAGCUGGCUCUUUAUUUCGACUCAGUGAAGAAUGCAGAGUCGGUGGAGGUGGACAGCAUCCCGCUACCUGAAAUGCCUCACGCCCCGUCCAACAUCCACAUCCAGGACAUCCCUUUACCAGGAGCUCAGCCUCCUUCCAUACUAAAGAAGACUACCUCUUUUGGGAAAGGACCUAUAUCAUCCUCUGGGCUGGGGUUAGGAGCAGUGCCAGGUGUCCCACGCUUACCUCCAGGGAAGAAGCCUCCAGGACCCCCACCUGGGCCCCCACCUCCACAGGUCCUGGCGCUGUAUGGCAUUCCUUCUCGACGAUCUUACGGCUCUGACGCAGAUCUCUCCAUUCCUGGCUUGGAGAAGGAAUCUGCCCUGGACUUGGGCCGGGAUCAGUACAGCGGCAGCGAGAGCGACAGAGAUCGGGACGAUCUGGAUGACAACAGUGACUCUGAUGAAGACAGCGAAGAGGACAGGGACGAGGAGGGAGACGGCGAGCAGCGAGGGCGUGCGGAGCGGCGGGCUGAUGGCGGGGAACGGGAGGAGGACAGAGACAGAAGUGAAAGACUUGCCGGACGCAGCGUACGCUUCGCAGAUCUGCCAGGAGAUGAUUCCCAUGAUGGGAAGAAGAAGAGAGGGGCGAAGAAGACCAAGGCCAUUACGCCUCUGCAGGCCAUGAUGUUGAGGAUGGCAGGUCAGUCGGUUCCCGACGAGGAAGAAGAGGAGGAGGAGGGAGAGGAGGAGUUCACAGAUGAGUCGGACGCGUCUGACACCGAGGACCGGGCUCCACCGGCAGACGGCCAGUCCCAAGUCGUGGCCAGUCAGCGCCUCCCCCCUCCUGUUGGGGCUGUGGGUCAGCAGGGACCCCCUCCACCUUUACAAGGCCCACCGAUGACUGGUCCUCCUCCACUGGGCCCACCACCUGCUCCUCCAAUGAGACCUCCCGGUCCCCCGUCCGGCCCACCUCCUGGCCCCCCACCAGGCGCUCCUCCGUUUUUGAGGCCACCUGGUAUGCCCGGAGGAAUUAGGGGCCCGAUGCCUCGUCUUCUGCCCCCUGGUCCUCCACCAGGUCGACCCCCUGGUCCUCCGCCAGGCCCUCCUCCCGGUCUUCCACCAGGCCCUCCACCCCGUGGACCCCCACCCAGACUACCACCCCCGGCACCACCAGGUAUCCCACCUCCCCCUCCAAGAGCAGGAGGGCCCCCUCGUCCUCUUGCACCGCCACUCACCAUGUUUCCACCACCGCUCAGCUCCAGUGUGCUCAGCGCGCCGCCCAGCAUUGUUCAGAGGCAGAAAGGUCCAGGAUCCAGCCAGGAUGGUUCACAGGGCAACAUGCCCCCCCCUGCCAUGUCCAUGCGACCCGGGGUCAUGCAGAUGCCUCCUCCUCCUGGGACAGCCGCUGCUUCCGCGGGAGCAAAUCCCGGCGGCCACCACAUGGCCACCAUCGAAAAACGAGCCAACAUCACUUCUGCUGCAGCCGCUGCAGGCGGCCUGGCUGCAGGCGCCGGCGCUGGAGGGGCUACCAUCUCCGCCAAACCUCAGAUUAUCAAUCCCAAGGCAGAGGUCACUCGCUUUGUGCCCACUGCGUUGAGGGUGCGCAGAGACAAGACCGGAGCCAUGCCAGGGGCAGCAAGCGGACACCUGGAGAAGGUGGGGAGUGCUGGAGGAAGGAGGGGCGAUGAAGGCCAUGGAGGAGGCCACUGGCAGAAACAGCAUGCAGCUGCAGCUUCGCUGGGUUUGGCUAAAGCAUCCCAAGGAGGCUCUGUGUCUCAGCCCAGCAUGAAGACUAAAGACCAGGUUUAUGAAGCCUUUAUGAGGGAGAUGGAGGGACUGCUCUGAGACUCUGGAGUAUCGGACAAAUUGUUGUUUUCUCUGGGCUCUUUGAGCUUCAGGAGUGGAUCGUUUUUGUGUGUCCAGAAUGAUAGAAGUAGCUGUAUUCAGAUCGUUCAACCAAAUCAGUCUGGAGAAAAUACAGUUAUUUAUAAAUUCACCUGAGUUAUGGUUUUUCCAAACAACCAAACACUGUCCUGCACAGAAGUGAAUCUUCUCUUACAAGUUUAUUUUCUAACAAGUUGUGUUCCUCCGCCAUAAAAAGCUGUUUUUUUAAUGGUUUUUACUUUUGUUUCUUUUAUAGUUAUUCAUUUGAAUGUGAAAACAGGAAAAUGUAGAGUAUUUGUCCUACAAUGGCAAAAUCCAUGUCUGACAGUUUGAAAUGCAGCUAAAUAAACACCUGAAAACAA